AACAAAUUAGCCAAAUUCUUACAGAAUUUGUUGAUGUUUUUAGAAAAAAACAAGAAUUUUCUACAAGAGUAAAUACAAAAGAAAUACUUCAGAUAGAAUUAAACUUGAAAGGAAAAAUGAAAGAUAAUGAAAUGAAGAAAAUAGCAAUAGAUUAUAGGAUGCUAAACAAAUACUUAGAACAGUAUAGAGAACCAUUACCAGACUCUAAGCAAAUAUUGCAAAAA